GGAGUCGGGAGUGUGGGUUUCGCAGCGGAAGCCAAAAGAUAGGCCGCGCUAAGUGCUGCAUCAACUCGCGUAGGUAGCGGGCUCCAUCCCCGUGGAUCGCAGCCUGCAAAGGCAACCCUGCCGACACGUGGAUCGCCUUGUGUCUGGGAAAGGGGCGAGGAUCCGGCCGCCAUCGCUCAUGGUCGCUGUGUUGUCUGCGCUGCCUGAUGAGUCGUGGCACGCUGCGCACGACGGCGACGAUGUGUAUCUUCGACGGAGCUAUAAUUCCCGUCUCAUUCGGACCGGCCGCCAGCCCUCGAAAGCGUCCACGAACACAGGCUGUCGGGACGACAACCGCGCCCAUUAGCCGGUGGAGCUCGCCCCCGAAUAGGAAAUAUGGCUUGGGAGGAUGCGGCCCAAGUUGCAUUCUUGCAACGUUCCACGGGCCUAACGGGACGUAACCUGCCUUCUCGAAGCAGAACCUGGCGAAAUCGAUCGCCAACCCCCUGGUGCUCGGCCAGUAUUGCGUCUCUGUGCGAAGCACACUCAUCACAACAAUUACGAGUCAAACACUACAACUCUGUUUACCCGGUAACAGGUACUUUUGUGUGCGUCGGCAGCUGCGGUGCGCCCUGCUGCGGCCAGCCAGGCUCGGUAUCCUGCGCCAACCCAUCAUCACCGCAUGGAGAUCUGAGUGCCUGCUGCUGCAAAUAUCCGGCCGGCAGUCGAAAUGGCAGACGGCGAACACCCGUUCUCUCUCUGAGGAGGCGUUCCUGUAGCUACGCCUUGCACAUGUUGCGCUCCACCCAAACGGCUGCCACUCCAUCCGCAUCGGUCCUCGUCCUGUCCAAAAGCCAACCUCCAAACAUAGUUUCACAAUCCAGGGGUCAACAAACGCCACACUGCGCUCUACAGGCCGCUACUGUACGAUCCGGCUGCCUAAAACGUGCGCUCGUCGUUCCGUCGCAUCGCGGAUGUGGGACGGCGCCUCGCUAA